AUGUCUGCCGCUGAGACUGCCCAGGCCUUCAAGGCGGAAGGCAACGCCGCCUUCCAAAAAGGUAAAUACGAGGAAGCGGUUGGCUUCUUCACAGAGGCCAUCAAAUGCACGCCUGACGAUGCAGUUCUUUACUCGAAUCGAUCCGGAGCAUAUGCGUCUCUCAACAAGCUGGAAGAAGCCCUGAAGGAUGCGGAAAUGUGUGUCAAGUUGCGCCCGACAUGGGGAAAGGGAUACUCGAGGAAAGGCCUGGCAGAAUUUAGGAUGAUGAAAUAUAAAGAGGCAGAGGCAACCUACCAGAAAGGGUUGCAGGUUGACCCUACGAACGAACAACUCAAAGAGGGCCUCAACCAGGUGCAACAGCAAACGGACCAAUUCUUCUCGAUGCAAGCGAUGCUCGCGGCUGCACAGGCUGUUAACAGGCAUCCCAAGUUGGCAAAGUAUCAGCAGGAGGACCCAGAGUACACACAGCGUCUCACGGAGAUUUUGAAGCAAAUCCAGAAGAACCCGCAGUCGCUUAAACUCAUCAUGGCUCAGCCUGACGUGCGCGUCAAGGAAGGCGUCAUCGCAGCGAUGGGAGGAGACCUGGAAGAGGAGGAGGAGCCUCAGAGUCAGUCAGCUGCUGCGAGACCGGCGAGAGCAGCCACUGAAACUGUCAGUGGUGCCAAGGCAGCCUCGAAAGAAAACGAGCAGCCAGCCAAAGAGCUCACCGAAGAUGAGAAAGAAGCUGAAGCGUUGAAACAGAAAGGCAACGAACUGUACAAACAGAAAAAGUUUGCGGAAGCCCUGGAGGCGUACGAUGCAGCCAUCGAGAAGAAUCCCAACGAAAUUCUUUAUCUGAACAACAAGGCAGCCGUCUACAUGGAGAUGGGUGACUACGACAAAGGCUUGGCCGAAUGCCAGAAGGCACUCGACAAGCGAUACGAGUGCAAAGCAGAUUUCUCCAAGGUUGCAAAGGUGUACUGCCGAAUGGCUGCAUGCAAGACUCGGGCGGGGGACUAUGGUGGAGCAAUCGCCAUGUACGAGAAGGCAUUAUGCGAGGACAACAACCGCGCGACUCGGAAUGCGCUCAAUGAGGUGAAGAAGCUGAAGGAGAAGAAGGAGCGAGAGGACUACGUCAACCCGGAGCUCGCAGAGCAGCAUCGGGAAAAAGGCAAUGAAUUCUUCAAACAGGGCGACUAUCCUGCUGCGAAAAAAGAGUACGACGAGGCUAUCCGACGGAACCCGAAAGACGCGAAGCUGUACAGCAACAGAGCGGCAGCGCUAACCAAACUGUGUGAAUAUCCUUCGGCGUUGCGGGAUGCUGACACAAGUGUGCAGCUGGAUCCGACGUUCGUAAAGGGAUGGAGCAGGAAGGGUAACCUUCACAUGCUCUUGAAGGAGUAUCCAAAAGCUCUGCAGGCGUUUGACAAAGGCUUGGCGCUCGAGCCUACAAACCAAGAAUGCAUCCAAGGAAAGAUGACUGUCUUAAACAGAGUCCAGCAGCUCCAAAGCUCUGGCGAGGUCGAUCCAGAACAGAUGGCGCACUCCCUGGCCGAUCCGGAGAUCCAAGCCAUUCUGAAGGAUCCCCAGAUGAACAUCGUUUUAAUGAACAUCCAGGAGAAACCGGAUUUGAUUCAUGAGUAUCUGCGGGACCCGAAGAUCAAGGACGGAAUCAACAAGCUCAUCGCAGCCGGAAUCCUGAGGGUCGCAUGA